AUGAACCCUUCUCGCGACACACAAAGAAGACUAAAUCCGAAUAUGCGAGAAGUAGUGAAGAAGGAAGUUUUGAAGUGGCUAGAUGCGGGUAUUGUAUACCCUAUCUCGGAUAGCCAAUGGGUGAGCCCGACACAAACAGUUCCAAAAAAGGCGGGUAUUCAAGUCGUCACAAACGACGCAGGUGAAGAGGUCGCCACUCGGCCGGUAACCGGGUGGCGUAUUUGUAUUGACUAUAGGAAGUUGAAUGCCGCAACUUCCAAAGACCAUUUCCCUUUGCCGUUUAUUGACCAAAUAGUUGAGAAAUUGGCCGGACAAAAAUUUUAUUGUUUUCUGGAUGGUUAUUCCGGAUACAAUCAAAUUGCUAUACAUCCGGAAGACCAAGCAAAGACUACUUUUACUUGUCCAUAUGGUACUUUCGCAUUUAGGCGGAUGCCAUUUGGACUUUGUAAUGCCCCCGCCACCUUUCAAAGGUGUAUGAUGAGUAUCUUUUCAGAUAUGGUGGGGGAAUCUUUGGAAAUCUUCAUGGAUGAUUUCUCAAUAUUUGGGUCAUCAUUUGAUACAUGCCUUGACCAACUCGAAAAAGUUUUGAAAAGAUGUGUUGAGAAAAAUCUUGUUUUGAGUUGGGAAAAGAGCCAUUUCAUGGUUCAAGAAGGAAUUGUGUUGGGGCAUGUAGUGUCGAGUCGUGGGAUAGAGGUUGAUCGUGCAAGGGUGCAAGUUAUUUCUACCUUACCUUAUCCCACGAAUGUUAAGGGUAUUAGAUCGUUCUUGGGUCACGCGGGGUUUUAUAGAAGAUUUAUAAAAGGGUUUAGUGAUAUAACCAAACCCCUAUGUAAGUUAUUGCUAAAAGACCAACCAUUUGAAUUUAACCAAGAAUGUCAAAAUGCCUUUAAUGUGUUGAUACAAAAGUUGGUUGAGGCCCCAAUCUUGCAAUCACCGAAUUGGUCAUUACCAUUCGAAAUUAUGUGUGAUGCAAGUGAUUAUGCGGUGGGGGCCGUGUUGGGUCAAAGGGUAGACAAGAAACCGGUUGCUAUUUACUACGCAAGUAAGACUCUCUCGGAUGCACAAUUGAAUUACACAACUACCGAGAAAGAGCUACUUGCGGUGGUAUAUGCGUUGGAUAAGUUUCGUGCUUAUAUAUGGGGUACUAAGGUCAUUGUUUAUUCUGACCAUUCUGCAGUUAGGUAUCUCAUGGACAAGAAGGAUGCGAUGCCGAGGCUAAUCCGAUGGGUUCUCUUGCUACAAGAGUUUGACCUAGAGAUUCGAGAUAAGAAAGGGAGCGAGAAUGUGGUCGCGAACCAUUUGUCUCGAUUGAGUGUAGAGGAUUCUUCCCGUGAAGAAAUUAAUGUGACUUUUCCAGAUGAGCAAAUCUUAAAAGUUGGAAUAUUACCAUGGUAUGCUAAUAUUGUCAACUAUUUGGUUACAGGUGACUUGCCGGCUCAUUGGGAUAGAAGGAAGAGGUUGCACUUCCUGUCUCAAAUCAAGUAUUAUACGUUGGAAGAACCGGACUUAUUCAAGAUUUGUCCGGAUCAAGUCGUUCGAAGAUGCAUACCCGACGAGGAAACAAGCGGUCAAGUUGAGGUUUCCAAUAGGCAAAUAAAAGAAAUUUUGCAAAAGACCGUUCGACCCGACCGAAAGGAUUGGUCAACGAAGUUAAAUGACGCUUUAUGGGCUUAUAGAACGGCUCAUAAAACACCUAUUGGAACCACUCCUUAUCGUUUAGUUUAUGGGCGAAAUUGUCACUUACCGGUUGAACUUGUGCAUCGUGCUUGGUGGGCUAUAAAAGAGGUUAACAUGAAAUAUGACGAUGCAGGAAAGGAGCGAAAGUUGAAGCUUUGUGAGUUGGAAGAGCUUAGGGAAGAAGCGUACGAGUGUGCUUCAAAGUACAAGGAUGACAUGAAGAGAGCACAUGACGCGAAGUUGAAGCCAAAGGAGUUUGAAGUGGGUCAAAAGGUUUGGCUCUACAAUUCAAGGCUUAAAUACUUCCCCGGAAAGCUCAAGAGCAAGUGGAUGGGCCCGUAUUUCGGGCAUUCCAAACGGGUCGUGAAGAUACAAGUCAUGGCAGGAAGCAAAAGACAAAAGACUACGGGUCAAGCUUCAUCAUCUGGGAUUGGGUCUUCUUCCGGUUUAAUACCGAAAAAGUGGGAGCAACCGAGCACUGUUGCAGAAAAUGAUGCAAGAUUAUACCGACAAGAUUGGGAAUGGGCAAAGUUCAGGGAUAGUCAAAAUGCCAGAAUUUGGGAUGACGAGAAGAAUAAACAGUUGUCGAGCUACCAAGAUAGAAAGUUGGAAGCUAAGUUGUGGAAAUGGAAGAUGACAAACGGGGUGAACACGUCGGUUCCAACAAGAGUGAUAUGUGAACGGACCGUGAAUGUAGAAGAAUUCCGGAACAUCGGGAUUGUACAAAUGUUUGAGAGGUUGGGAUGGGAGAGCGUUUUGGAUUGGUGUGAAGACAAUACUCACCGGAUUUACUUGUCGGAAGUAUGUGAGUGGUUGUCCACUUUGAAGCUUGUAAACAAGAAUGAAUCCCCUUCGCAAUGGAAGUUAGUGGGGAAGACAUCUCGAGGAAACAUGACGAUGUCUUUCGAAACUAUGAAUCGUAUUGCUGGGUUUGACUCUUUGGGGGUACAAGCCUAUGAUUAG